AUGACAACCGACACUACCCAACCAUCUGCUCCGACUUCCCAUCCAACCUCAACCUCGACCACCUCCGCCGCAGUCCCCAUCCCAACUUCAACCUCAAACCCACAUCCCCGCUCCGUACCCCUCGCUCGUACCUCCUCCGCCUCUAGCUCCGUAAGCGGCGGGAUCCCAACUCGCCACCGCCCCGCCAACGUCGCAGAACUCCACCAAGAACUCGAACGUGAACAAGAAGGCGUUGUCAACCGCCUCCUCGGCCAAAUCACUCGAGUCGCACAAAAUGUCGCCGCCACACAUCCCGGCACGAACCCGGAUGACAUUGCCGCAGCCGCAGUACCCCUCUCGGCUUCUCCGCAACUAGCGGCGCCAAUCCAUUCGGGUCCACCGGGUCACCAUCAUCACCCUCCAAGUGUUACCGACAUGCCGUCUUCGUUCUCACCAGCGAUCGGCCGUUCUCGUUCGCCUGCCCCGAGUGGUCAUCAUGGAUAUGGUGGUGGGUAUCACCAUAAUACCUCGCAUUCACGACACAACUCGUUGUCGACUCGUUCGAGGAACAGUAGUCGUACUUCGUCGCCAUUGUUGUUGCCAGUUGGGAUGGAGUCUUCUGUCUGGCCUCAAACGGCGAAUGAUCCUUUCUUGAUGGGUGGACGUGAUGAAGUUGCGUUUUACAAGGCCGAGACGGAUAUGCUGCUUCGCGAGAAUGAAAUGCUGAAGAGGAGAAUCAAAGAGUUAGAGGACAAGGCUUCUGGGGGGGCUGAGGGGUCUACUUCAUCUGCGAAUGUCCCUGCUGCUUCCUCUGAGUCUAAGGAGAACACUCCAGCUGGAACUGCUUAA